CAGAGUUGCUUCUCUGACACAUUUUUCAACUAAAGUUGCAGCUAUAUAUAUAUACACCCACAUACAUAUCCUAAAACCCCCGCCCCCUCUAUUUUUUGGAGUCUCUCAAUUUGUUGGAUCUUUCCUUGUAAUUGCAUACAAGAGCUUUUGUUUGUUUCUCAACAAUGGGGAAUGAAGCUAAUGUUGUUCAACUGGGUAAUGGAGAAACGAAGGUGGUGAAUUCGGAGGAGAGUGGCGUUAACAUGGAAGCUAAGAAUGUUGUCAAGAUUUCUCCGCCAUCAAUGAUGCAUGUUUCUUCUGAUGCACGCGAUGAGGGUAUAAACGUACCUUCAGAUUUGACAUUGGCAGGUACUGUUCUUACUUUGUCUCCAGAUUUGACUUGUGUUGAUGCAGCCCAUGGUUCUACACAUGCACGUAGCCCAUACACCCCAGAGGAGAGAUGCUUUAACCUUUUUGCUCCUGCUGUUGGUGAAAUAAAGAUGGCACCACGAGGUAGUAAAUGUUCUCAGGAAGCAAGAAGUAGUGAUGCCCGGAGCAUUAGAUUUGGCUCUUCUGUGAAGGUUAUGAUGGAUGAAUUUAAUGAAAGUGAAUCAGAAGAUAUUGAAGAGAGGUUAUUGAAAUUUAUGUACGAAGAUUUGUUGGGCGUUAUUGUUUCAGAACAAGUGUAUUCAGUUCAGCACGACACUUGUCUUGAUGAGGUUUUACCGAAGCAUGUCAUACUCGAUGGAUUCACGACCCCUGAGCCUCUUCUCACUGGGAUUGCUGAAACCUGCCCUCCUGCUCCAGUAAAGUCUGCACGCAGAGCUGUGAACAUUGAGGGAAGUUUAUGUAGAAAGCUUGACUUUUGACAUCAUGUGAUGUCUUUUGAUGCUUGAGCCCACUUGGUGCUCCAACUCAUGUGGGAUAUGCAACUCGGCAACUACAGGUCAAUUUGAUUUGAAAUGCCGAAGUAAUUCUCUGUAGUUUUUAGAAAUUUAUUUACUCCUUUAGAUCCAAUAAGUUUGCAAUGUUGAUAGAUACGACAUCAAAUCUUUCUGAUUUAGUUUGAACUCUAGUUGCAACGUUUUACAGGGAGUUGAACUGUAGUAUCUUGUUAGUGGAGGCCUAGUUUGUUUCUUCAGUCACUUCCUGUUUUUGCCCUUUUGCUGGCAUAACUUAUUAUUGAUAUCAUUGAAGUUUUUUCGGGGAUAAUUUUUGGCUUGAUUUACUUUAAUUUUGGACAAGUUUUCAAUUUAUUUA